AGCCAGCACCGCUCACAUUAAAACUUGCACUUGAUUACUUCUACAUUUCCACAUAUCCCCUUAAGCUUCUUUCCUUUAAACCCCCAAGCUCUCUCACCACCAUCGCCACCACCAGCAGAGAGCCGCUAUGGAGUUCCUUUUCCAAACUGUCAAAUAUUAUGUAGUGAACCACCUUAGCAAGAACCCAGUUUUCCCAACGCUCCAAUACUGGCUAGUGAACCAUCCAAAUAUUCUCAACUUCUCAUGGAAACAAGGUGAAACUCCAGGUUCUUCUCUGUUCUUCCUUUCUCUCACUGUUCUCUUUUACCUCUCUCUCACUUUCGUCCUCUCUCACACAACCCUAAUCUCCUGCAGCCCUCGUUUCCUCAAAAAUCUCAUAGCUUUUCAUAACAUGAUCCUUCUCUCACUUUCCUUCGUUAUGGCCCUUGGUUGCACUCUCUCCGUCAUCCUCCUUGCUCCCAACGUGGACUAUAUUGUUUGCUUCCCUAAAAAAACCCCACCUAAGGGACCUCUCUUUUUCUGGGCUUACAUAUUCUAUCUCUCCAAGAUUUUUGAAUUCAUGGAUACCCUUUUGAUCAUCUUGAGCAACUCCACCAGACGGCUGACUUUCCUACAUGUCUACCACCAUGCAACGGUGGUGGUGAUGUGCUAUAUCUCUCUGCACACUUCACAGUCUAUGUUCCCUGGAGUUCUUGUCACCAAUGCUACUGUGCAUGUGAUAAUGUACUUCUACUACUUUCUGUGUGCUGUAGGGAUUCGUCCCAAGUGGAAAAAAUUAGUCACAGAUUGCCAGAUUUUGCAGUUCUUUUCAAGCUUUGGGAUCAUGGGUUGGAUUUUCUACUACCAUUUCACUGGAGCAGGGUGCUCUGGGAUCUUGGGUUGGUGCUUCGAUGCUGUUUUCAUCACUUCUCUUUUGGUUUUGUUCCUCGACUUCCAUGCUAAGACCUACUCUAAGAAGAAGACCAAGGAAAAUUAAUUAAUUAACAAGCAUAUCUAUAUAUUUAAUGGUCAUAUGGCCAUGUUC